AUGAGAUUCAUCUCACUUGCCGUGACGGCAGCCUUGCUUGGCUUGACAGGCGCCUCGAAUUCUACAACACUCGGUCUACUGAAGGCUAAUGGUGUUGCGUUGGGAGACUGGGAGGCUGCAUAUGAGAAGGCAUCUGCCUUCGUGGCAGGACUGACUACUGAUCAGAAGCUGGCUUUGAUCACCGGUAGCAGUGUUAGUUCGUCCAGUGGUAACUUCAGUGCCCUAGAAUUUCUUGAUGGGGAUAUGGGUCUUCAGAACUAUUUCUAUGUCUCUGCUUUCAGCUUGUCUUCAGCUCUGGCUAUGACCUGGGACCGCGACGCCAUCUAUGCUCAAGCCAAAGCAGUUGGGUCGGAGUUCUACAAUAAAGGUGUUCAGGUGGUUGCUGGUCCUACUUCUCAGCCAAUGGGCCGUACCCCUUGGGGUGGUCGCAAUGUCGAGGGAUUUGGCCCUGAUCCCUAUCUCAAUGGCCUGGCUACUGGCCUGUCCACCAAGGGUUAUGUCGACGCUGGUGUGAUCCCCGGUGGCAAGCAUUUUCUUCUUUACGAGCAAGAAACCAACCGAACUUCCACCUUCGGACGUGCUACUGUCUCCUCGGAUUCCGACUCGGCACCCUAUUCCUCCAACGCAGACGACAAGACUUUGCACGAAACAUAUCUCUGGCCAUUCUACGAUGCGGUGAAGAAUGGCCUCGGUGCCGUCAUGUGCGCAAUGACCAAAGUUAAUGGCACUUACAGUUGCGAAAACUCGGAUCUUCUGAUGAAGACACUGAAGACCGAGCUUGGCUUCCCGGGUCUGGUCUGGCCCGACAUGAAUGGGCAAAACAGCGCCGAAGGAUCAGCAUUAGGCGGCGAGGACUAUGGAUCGAGCAGCAUCUGGAGCACUUCUACAAUGGAGACUCUUCUGUCUAAUGGUACUCUCACUGAGGCCCGUUUGAACGAUAUGGCAAUUAGAAACCUUAUUGCCUAUUACCAUGUCAAUCUGGAUAAUGGCCUUCAGCCUGCGAUGCAAGAUCAGGAUGCUUAUGUGGACGUACGAGGCAAUCAUUCUAAGCUGAUUCGCGAGAACGGAGCCAAGUCGAUGGCGUUGUUGAAGAAUGACGGCACCCUUCCCCUGAGAAAGCCCCGUGUGAUGAGUGUCUUCGGAGCCCAUGCUGGCCCGGUCAUGGGAGGUCCGAACGCUGCCAUGAACGUUGAAGGGUCUGGCCCUACCUACCAAGGCCAUUUGGCCACCGGUACAGGCUCCGGACAAGCAUCUGUUCCUUACGUGAUCACCCCUUACGUUGCCCUGACAAUCAGAGCGGCGCAAGAUGCGACCAUGAUGCGAUGGAUUAUGAACGAUACUUAUAGCUCCAGUGGAGGAUCCACGCUGAUUCAAGAAGGGACUGACAGUACCGCCGUAUCACCCUCCUAUGCCAACUAUGCUACCAACUCGGAUGUCUGCCUCGUUUUCAUCAAUGCUCUGUCGGGUGAGGGUGCUGACCGCACUGAGCUGUAUAAUGAAGAUCAAGACACCAUGGUGAACACCGUUGCAGACAACUGUAACAAUACCGUGGUUGUGGUCAACACCGUUGGGCCCCGACUGCUGGACCAGUGGAUUGAGCACGACAACGUGACGGCAGUUCUCUACGGAUCGAUUCUGGGCCAGGAGUCAGGCAACGCAAUCGUGGACCUUCUCUAUGGUGAUGUGAACCCUUCCGGCCGUCUUAUCCACACUAUCGCCAAGAAUGAGAGUGAUUACAACGUGGAACUCUGCUACACUGCUCAAUGCAACUUUACUGAGGGAGUCUACAUUGACUACCGCUACUUUGACGCCAAGAACGUUACUCCCCGGUACCCAUUCGGUCAUGGUCUUUCCUACACCACUUUCAAGUACUCUGAUCUCUCCAUCAAGACCCCUUCUGCCACGACCAAAGCUCCCCGGGGUAAUAAUACCGUUGGUGGAAACAGCGAUCUAUGGGACGUUGUGGGAACCGUCUCUGCGCGCAUCACCAAUAAUGGCACGCUCGCAGGUGCAGAGGUUCCCCAGCUCUACCUUGGCUUCCCAGAUGCCGCAGAUCAACCUGUUCGUCAACUUCGUGGGUUUGAGCGUGUCGAAUUACGAGCGGGACAGGAAGCUAUUGUUACGUUCAACCUGCGUCGCCGCGACAUUUCCUACUGGGAUGUGACUGCCCAGCAAUGGCUUGUUGCUUCUGGCAAAUACCAGGUCUAUGUUGGAGCAAGCUCUCGCGAUUUGAGAUUGACGGGAGCAUUCUCUUUGAGAGCGAAGGCUUAG